GGACUGAAGAGGGAAUGGAUGCAGCUACAGCUCCAAAGCCUCCCAGGCUCCCGUGGCGCCCACUCCUGCUUCUGCUCCUUCUGCCUGCAGGGAGCAGUGACGGCUGCCCGGCCGUGUGCGACUGUACCUCGCAGCCCCGCGCUGUGCUCUGUGCCCACAGGCGACUGGAGGCUGUGCCUGGAGGACUCCCGCUGGACACGGAGCUACUGGACCUGAGUGGGAACCGCCUGUGGGGGCUCCAGCGGGGGAUGCUCUCCAGCCUGGGCCUGCUCCGCGAACUGGACCUCAGCUACAACCAGCUCUCCACUCUGGAGCCCGGGGCCUUCCAUGGCCUGCAGAGUCUCCUGACCCUACGGCUGCAGGGCAACCGGCUCAGAAUUAUGGGGCCAGGGGUCUUCUCUGGCCUGCCAGCCCUCACGCUGUUGGACCUCCGCCUCAACCAAAUCGUCCUCUUCCUAGAUGGAGCUUUUGCGGAGCUGGGGAGCCUCCAGCAGUUGGAGGUUGGGGACAACCACUUGGUGUUUGUGGCCCCGGGGGCCUUUGCAGGGCUGACCAAGCUGAGCACCCUCACCCUGGAGCGCUGCAACCUCAGCACAGUGCCUGGCCUCGCCCUCGCCCGUCUCCCUGGGCUGGUGGCCCUGAGGCUGCGAGAACUGGACAUUGGGAGGCUGCCGGCCGGGGCGCUGCGGGGCCUGGGGCAGCUGAAGGAGCUGGAGAUCCACCACUGGCCGCCUCUGGAGGCCCUGGAACCUGGAAGCCUGGUGGGGCUCAACCUCAGCAGUCUGGCCAUCACCCGCUGCAAUCUGAGCGCAGUGCCCUUCCAGGCCCUGUACCAUCUGAGCUUCCUCAGGGUGCUGGAUCUCUCUCAGAAUCCCAUCUCGGCCAUUCCGGCCCGCAGGCUCAGCCCCUUGGUGCGGCUCCAGGAGCUCCGGCUGUCGGGGGCUUGCCUCAUCUCCAUCGCUGCCCACGCCUUCCACGGCCUGACUGCCUUCCACCUCCUGGACGUGGAAGAUAAUGCCCUUCAGACCCUGGAGGAAACAGCCUUCCCUUCACCAGACAAACUGGUCACCCUGAGGCUGUCUGGCAACCCCCUGACCUGUGACUGCCGCCUCCUCUGGCUCCUGCGGCUCCGGCGCCGUCUAGACUUUGGCACGUCUCCCCCUGCCUGUGCCGGCCCCCAGCACGUCCAGGGGAAGAGCCUGCGGGAGUUUUCAGACAUCCUACCUCCGGGACACUUCACCUGCAAACCAGCCCUGAUCCGAAAGUCUGGGCCACGCUGGGUCAUUGCAGAGGAGGGGGGCCAUGCAGUCUUCUCCUGCUCUGGAGAUGGAGACCCUAUGCCCACCGUCUCCUGGAUGAGGCCUCCGGGGGCCUGGCUGGGAAGGGCUGGGAGGGUAAGGGUCCUCGACGACGGGACCUUGGAGAUCCGCUCAGUACAGCUGCGGGAUAGAGGGGCUUACGUCUGCAUGGUCAGCAAUGUAGCUGGGAAUGACUCCUUGAGGACCUGGCUGGAGGUAAUCCAAGUUGAACCUCCAAACGGCACCCUCUCCGACCCCAACAUCACCAUGCCAGGGAUCCCGGGACCUUUCUUCCUGGAUAGCAGAGGUGUGGCUAUGGUGCUGGCAGUCGGCUUCCUCCCUUUCCUCACCUCAGUGACCCUCUGCUUUGGCCUCAUUGCCCUCUGGAGCAAGGGCAAAGGUCGGGUCAAACAUCACAUGGCCUUUGACUUUGUGGCACCCCGGCCCUCUGGGGAUAAAAACUCUGGAGGUAACCGGGUCACGGCUAAGCUUUUCUGACCUUCCCUUCCACACUGGGGGCCUGGCCAAGGCAGCUUCAGGUAUUAAAGGGGAAGACAGGCAAAGAACUCCAGUCUG